CAGUGUCUCCGUCUGUCCUCCAGGUGUCGCUGUUUCUCCCUUUAACCACCGUUGAGUUUGGGGGGCGCAUGCGCAGUAUCCUCAGUUGGCCUCUGGUUCUUUGAGGCGCUGAUGAUGCUUCUGUCCGCUGCUCCUGCUCCUCCUGCUCCUCCUGCUCCUUCUUCUCCUUCUUCUCCUACACCACCGCCACACUUUGACGGCUAAACCCGGACUUGAGGAGGAGCUGCUUUAUCACUUGGUACACUUUGUGUUUGGGCGAAGAAGAGCCAGGGAGACGGUUCACCGUGCGGAGUCCGCCUACACUCACCGUUCAGACGAGCACUGAUGUAGCAGUGUCGCGACGCCUGUCGUGCUCUCCCUCUACCUCUGCUCCCCCAGUGCCUCACCGCAUCACCUCAGACGUGGGGGAAACACCAAACCAGGACCUCCCUCCUCCUCCUUCUAUCGUCUGGACCGGAGAACAUCGACCUCCUCAUCUCAUCGUUCAUCUCCAGUCGAGGAAACAGCUGAAUUUUUUCCACAUAGGAGUUGAACACCUCCACUCGGGUCAGUGGAGGUGUUGAAGAUCUCUCUCCCUGUUUAUCCUCUUCAAUCUUUUUCAAAGAUUAUAUAUAUAUAAUUUUUUUUUUCUCCUGGUUGGCUUGAGUCCGGUUCUGCCGGCCCGCGUGACUUUUCAAAACUGGGGCGCGAUUCAUGGGAUGCAACCAUGUCGGAUCUCAGUGAGCGCAGGCCGGUCAACACGGACUACGCUGUCUCCCUGCUGGAGCAGCUCAAGUUCUUUUACGAACAGAAAUUACUGACUGACGUCGUGCUGCUGGUGGAGGACACGGAGUUCCCGUGUCACAAGAUGGUCCUGGCUACGUGUAGCUCCUAUUUCAGGGCGAUGUUCAUGAGCGGCCUCAGCGAGAGCAAACAGACUCACGUCCACCUGCGGAACGUGGACCCGGCCACGCUGCAGAUCAUCAUCACCUACGCCUACACGGGAAACCUGGCCAUCAGCGACAGCACCGUGGAGCCGCUCUACGAGACCGCCUGCUUCCUACAGGUGGAUGACGUCUUGUUGCAGUGCAGAGACUACCUGGUGAAGAAGAUAAACGCUGAGAACUGCGUCCGGAUGCUGAGCAUCGGUGACCUGUUCAGCUGCAGCGAGCUGAAGCAGAGCGCUAAGCGCAUGGUGGAGCACAAGUUCCCUGUGGUCUACCGGCAGGAGGCCUUCCUCCAGCUCUCCCACGAGCUGUUGAUAGACGUCCUGAGCAGCGACAACCUCAACGUGGAGAAGGAGGAGACGGUGCGCGAGGCGGCCAUGCUGUGGUUGGAGUACAACAUGGAGGCCCGCUCGCAGCACCUGUCGUCCGUGCUCAGUCAGAUCCGCAUCGACGCGCUGUCCGAGGUGACGCAGCGCGCCUGGUUUCAAGGCCUGCCGCCCAACGACAAGUCGGUGGUGGUGCAGGGCCUCUAUAAGUCCAUGCCCAAGUUCUUCAAACCUCGGUUAGGCAUGACGAAGGAGGAGAUGCUGAUCUUCAUGGAGGCCAUGUCAGAAACGCAACACGAGGGAUACGUCAUGUCUGGGUCUUUGCCUUAUACGGUAGUGUGUUACAGCCCGCAGGCGGAGAAAGUGUACAAGCUCAGCAACCCACCGGGUGAUCUGCAGAAAGUGGGAACCCUUGUUACACCGGACAACGAUGUGUUCAUCGCCGGCGGGCAGAUCCCGCUCAAAAACACUAUCACCAACCACGGCAAGAGUGGGAAGUUACAGGCGGUCUUCCACUCGGUCGAUAGUUUCUUUUGGUUUGAUGCCCAGCAGAACGCGUGGGUACCCAAAACCCCCAUGCUGUGUGCUCGAAUCAAGCCCUCGCUGGUCUACUGCGAGGGCUACAUCUAUGCAAUCGGGGGCGAUAACGUCGGCGGAGAGCUGAACAAGCGCACGGUGGAGCGCUACGACUGCGAGAAGGACGAGUGGAGCAUGAUGAGCCCGCUGCCCUUCGCCUGGAACUGGAGCACCUCCGUGGUGGCACACGACUGCAUCUACGUCAUGACCCACGACCUGAUGUACUGCUACUUCCCCCGGGCUGACACCUGGGUGGAGAUGGCCAUGCGCAAGACCAGCCGAUGUUUCGCCUCCGCCGCCGCCUUCGGCGACCUCAUCUUCUACAUCGGCGGCCUCCACGUGGUCAGCAACUCCGGCAUCCGCUUGCCCACGAGCACCAUCGACGGCUCCUCGGUCACCGUCGAGAUCUACGACGUCAACAAGAACGAGUGGCGCCUCGCCGCCAACAUCCCCGCCAAGCGUUACUCGGACCCGUGCGUGCGAGCUGUGGUGCUGCUCAACUCGCUGUGCAUUUUCAUGCGCGAGACUCACAUGAACGAGCGCGCCAAGUACGCCAUCUACCAGUAUGACACGGAACUGGACCGCUGGUACUUGCGGCAGCCAGUGUCCGAACGAGUGCUCUGGGAUCUGGGCAAGGACUUCCGCUGCGCGGUGGGGAAGCUGUACCCCUCCUGCCUGGAGGAGUCCCCCUGGAAACCCCCAACCUACCUCUUCUCCCCCGACGGAGCCGAGGAGUUCGAGGUGGACGGGGAGCUGGUGACUCUCCCUCACGUAUAGCUCUUAACCUCCGCUCCCCUACCUCGCCGACUGAACCAGGAGUCUGUAACGUUGAGGGAUGAACAUGAAGGGGGGAGGGAGGGCAGAUAUCUGAGAUAUGAAAGGGUUUGACGUUCUCUGUGUCGUGGAGGGAUCUCUGGACUUUGGCUGAUGGACGAUGCAGCCCCCUAAAAAAAAAAAAAAAAGAAAAUAAGAAAAACAAGCUUGGAGAGUAAAAAAAAAAAAAACAUGCCCCUCAAGAAUACUAGUAAUCUGAAAUUUUUUUUUUUCUUAUUUUGUCAGUUGUGACAUCUGUUAGAUAUUAUUACAAGUCUGUCAUACUGUUUCUACAAUGUGAUAAUCUAAACGUCAGCUGAUUUUUGUGAUGAUGAUGAUGAGGGUGAUGAUGCACUUAACUGGUAAACCUUGGAAUGACAAUGGCAACUGUACCAAAAUCUCCCCUCCUUCCCUCCCUCCGAUCGUGGCUUCCCCUCUCUCUUCCUCCUCCCCUCUCCUCCUCCUCCUCCUCCUCUUCCUCCUUUUCUCUCAGCACUCUAUGGAAGGAAGACGCUGCUGAAAAUCUGUCGUUUAGAGCGUCGAAAAGGAGGCUCUGUAAAUUACUAAAUGCGCGAAUACAGCGAAAGAUUUGUAUCAUGCCGGCAGGAGUUUGAAGGUUCAUUGCUGAUCUUGGAAAUAGCGAUUAUGGCUGGAAACGUGCACACGUUCAUGUCGUACUCCACAAAAUAAUCAAAAAUGCUCUCCGCAAGUUCCCAAAGUCCGAGCCGAACAGUUCCCCCAAACAUAUUUAUCAUGUCGGUGGUUUUAAAUAGCUCGCUUUGCUUAACAGUCCAGAAAGUCUGAAAUUUUCACAUUCGAAAAGCUCAAACUCGAAGAAUCUAAACAUAAAGAUGAAUAAAUGGACAACAGUGUUGACUAUUUAUUAUUCACCUCAUAUUUCGAAGCAGAAAACUCUCUGUCCAGCUUCUCAGCUGUCAGGAUGAAUUAGAUGAAUUUUGGACGUCAAUCUCUUAUUUCUGAGCAGUUAAUCAGAUGUGAAAUUAAUCGUUAGUUGCAGUUACCGUGCGUCACUGAAAUCCAUCCAAACUUCUGCCUUCUCAGAGCCGCCUUUUCAAAACACAUUUAAUCCUCUAAAGUCAGAUUUCAGAGCGUUCCUCCUUUUUUAAAAAAAAGAAAGAAGAAAAAGAAAACAGCCUCCAUCUUUCUUCACAAGGCCCCGCAGACGAGAGGAACAGAGGUUUAGUUUUUAGUUUUUUCGUGGAGGGGGUUGGAGGGCUGACGGGGGAAACAAGUGAGAGGUGGAGAGGGUUUAAAAAACAAAAAGAAAAAAGCGAGAGGGGGUGACUGCAGGUCCGGUCACUCCCAUCACCUCUCCUCCACCUCACCGCUCGGUCCUCCGCUCUCCACGAUUAUUACAGCGCCUCCACCGCCUGCCUGCCUGCCUGCCAGUCUUCCACACAGCUAGCAGUUUACACCUCACUCCAUCCAUCCAUCCAUCGUCACAUGAUCAUGAUAUUUUCUCUGCAAACACAAACUCCACUCUCAGUAUAAACAUCAAGUUUCGGGCUCAUGAUUUUUGUUUUGUUUUAUUUCCAAGCUGCUGAAAUAUAUAUAUAAUAAAAAUAUAUAUUUUUCAUAACUGUUUUAGUGUGGGGAAAAUAACCAGGUCUAUUUUGUAUUAGUGUCUUUUUUUUUUUUUAUUUAAUAUCAGACAUUACUGUAGUGUGACUGUGGGUAGAUAAUCCAUUUUUUCCUAUCAGAUCUUCGAGUGAAUAUUGAGGAAUCUUGCUGCUGAUUGGUUGUGAGAGGAGAGCGAGUUAACGAGAGAGAGAGGGCUGGCCCAGGGCUGUUGCUAUGGAAAUCGUCUCGGCAACCGCCAGCAGUAGCGGAGAGGAGGUGUGGCGGGGUGGGGGUGGGGGUGGGGGAAAGGGGGGGGGGGUCAGGGAGGGACGGGGUCUUCCUCCUACCUUAAAAACAUGAGCACAGGUGCUUCAUGACAAACCUUACUAGCAUGUUUGGCUGCAUCAUAUUCCUUUGGCACUGUAUUUUGAAUGAACGUUAAUUUAUUAAAAAAACAUACCAAAAACGUUCCUGAAA